AUUUCUCUGCUCUUUUUGCUGACGUGGAUGCCAUUCAGACUACCACGGAGCCAAUCUCUAUCUUGCACGUCACUCCUUCUUUGGUUUUAUCUUCCAUUUCAGCCUCUUCUUUUCUCCUUAUAAACCCGACCCCUCUUCCAAUUUCAUCCCCUCUCUCGCCCUACCAAAUCCCAAUUCUUCCCCCAAAAUCAAAAUCCCUUUCUAUUACUCUAUAUCCGAAUAUUCCCAAUUUGGAUUCCGGAUUUCUCUUUACAUCUCUUCAUUCUUCUUCUCCUUUAAGUCUGUGGCUGCUUCGGGUUCUUGGCAGUACUGAGGUUAAACAUAAUGGAGGUUCCUGUGAUUAACAGGUUUAGUGGGUUGGAAUCGGGGAUCGGUUCCUUGCCCAGCCCCACUCUUAUUCCCCAAAUUUUGGGUUCCCCUUCUGGAUUUCAAACCCUUUCUCAAUCCUUGGAUCUCUGGAAAUGGAGCGCUGUGAUUAUUGCCGUUCUUGCUACUUUUAGCGGCGUAAUCAACCGGAUUAAGCUUCUGCUCGUGAUUUUCCGGCGCCAGAAACGUAUUCUGAAGGAGAUUGUUGAUGAUUCCGACUCCGACGGUGAAAUCUCCGGCGAUGAUUCUGCGAGCUCUGUUUCCUCGUCGUGGUCCGAGUUCGAAGAAGACGACGACGAGCCCGUAGCCACGUGUUCCCGGAAUUGGGACUCGAGUGACCGGGAUUUGCGCGUCAGAGGCUCCGAUUAUGAUCUCGAAACGAAACGGACUCCGGGACUUCGGUACCGGCGGAGCUUCCAAAACCAAGACCGGGACGGCGACCAGCUCCCCUGGACCGAUUUCGCCGGAGGAAAGAGCGUUGUGAAGUUGUGGGAUAAUUUCAGAUUCGAGUUCGAUCACCGUCGGGUCGACCCGAAUGAGAUUAACGAUGUAAUUGAAGAGCCAAAAAUCGGCUCCAUUUUGGCCGGAAAAUCACAGAUAGCACCGGCAUCGACGUCGACAGUAUUGUGGUCGGCGGCCGCGGAUCUUUUCGGUAAGACGUCGGUAAAUCUGUGGGACACGCGCGUGGGUUGUCAAAUUCCAGCAUUAAUCGCGGAUUGGAUGCCCGUGCCGGGGACGGUCCUCGGGGUCAAAUUUCCCGGUGACCAAAAGGUUUAUAUUAGAGACGUCGACGCCGGAAAGAUAACGGUCGGUGACGUGAGAAACGUGAAAACGCCGCUGGAGAAUUUGACGGCGGCGGAUGUGGAGACUUGGUGGGACGCCGACGCGGUUAUGGUUUCAGCGGAAUAGAAAUACCGACUACCGAGUCAGCGGGUGAGUUGUCGCCACUCGGCGGUAACUCGUGUUAGUUAGGGAUUAGCUGUUCUCCAUUAUUCAUUAAUCAUUGAUGGCCGAAUCACCCUUCCUUUUAUUUUAAAGAAAAAACACCAAAAAAGAGGACAAAGAAAAACAGAAAAGACGAAGACAAGAUUGUAAAUAAUGUAAUUUUAUUUUAAUUAAGGCGAAUAAUGUCUAUAAAUCGAUAUAUUAUAUAUUUCUUGUCCGAGAUCUUGCUUUUCUAUUUAUUUGAUACAAUUUACAAAUACAAACAAUUGG